CCAAUAGGUUGGAGGCUCGAUCACUAGAAUAGAGAUGAGGCUUCGAUAAGAGAAACUCUCUCUCUCUCUCUCUCACGAUCCGUCCAUCCCAUCGAUCACUUUUCCCACCACACUUCUGCGUCAAGAGUUUUUUCAGGUCUUAAAAGGGGGCAGACUGAAUGACCGUCCUUUGCGCGUGACGGAGAGACGUGACGGAGAGACGGUUUGCGCGCGCACUCCCGGGAACCGCUGGGCCAUUUAACAUGCGCGCGUAGGACCGGACACAAUCUGAUUUUAACCUGAUGCCGGCUAAUCCGAUUAACUAGCAGGGAGGAGCGUUAUCUGCGGAGAGAAGUGCAGCGCUGGAUGAGGAGAGCGACAUGGCGCGCGGGAUGAGCCCGGGAUCGCCCCUCACUCCGCUCAUCAUUGUGCUCGCGUGCUCGGCGCUUCACGGCUCGCGCGCCUCGCAGUUCCCCACGGCGGCCAUCAUAAAGGAGUGGGUGGAUAAGAUGCAGCAGGAGCUGGUGACCCUAGCUGACACGGCCAGUGCGGGAAAAAGCCUUGGAGAGAUCUUUAUGAAUAAUCAGAAAUACUACACUGUGGAAGCAAACUAUGCAAAAAGGCUGGUGGAUAAUGCAGCACGGAACAUCGAGAACUUUUUAAAGAAGCGAGCAAAAGCACUUGAGGCUUUGGCAACUGCUGCAGAACGCUUCCAGAUGGAGCAUCAGUGGAAAGAUGAUUUUGGCGAGAAUGACAUCAUCUAUUAUAAUGCCAAGGACAACCUUGACGUCAAUGUAACCGAAGGAAACAAAAACCGGAUCCAACCAGAAUUUAAAGAAGAUCCGGCUUUUAAAAACCGUCUCGUGUCCUACAACCACACGGCUGUGCACAUCCCUACAGACAUAUAUGAUGGCUCCACUAUUGUGUUAAAUGAACUGAACUGGACUGAAGCACUGGAUGAUGUUUUUAAGAAGAACAAGGAGGAAGACCCGACUUUACUCUGGCAAGUGUUUGGCAGCGCUACAGGACUGGCUCGCUACUACCCUGCCUCUCCAUGGAAGGAUGCCAGAAAAACGCCGAGUAAAAUCGAUCUCUAUGACGUCCGCCGCAGACCCUGGUAUGUUCAGGGCGCUGCCUCACCGAAGGACAUGCUCAUUCUGGUGGACGCGAGCGGAAGCGUGUCUGGAUUAACUCUGAAACUCAUCCGAACGUCCGUCAGUGAGAUGCUGGAGACUCUCUCAGAUGAUGACUAUGUCAACGUAGUGAAUUUUAACACAAAAGUGAACAACACCGCAUGUUUCAGACAUCUGGUCCAGGCCAACGUCCGCAAUAAAAAAAUCUUGAAAGAUGCAGUGAAGAACAUUACAGCUAAGGGGAUAACCAACUACACAAAGGGCUUUGAAUUUGCCUUCAAUCAGCUCUCAGAUCAGAAUGUGACGAGAGCCAACUGCAACAAGAUCAUCAUGCUGUUUACUGACGGAGGAGAGGAGAGAGCUCAGGAGAUCUUUCAAAGAUACAACAAAAAUAAAGAGGUGCGUGUCUUCACCUUCUCUGUUGGCCAGCACAACUAUGACACAGGACCUAUACAGUGGAUGGCUUGUAACAAUAAAGGUUACUUCUAUGAAAUCCCUUCUAUUGGAGCAAUCCGCAUAAACACACAGGAGUAUUUGGAUGUCCUGGGUAGACCCAUGGUUCUGGCUGAUGCUAAAGAGGUGCAAUGGACCAACGUUUAUCUGGAUGCCUUGGAGCUGGGUCUGGUCAUCACAGGCACUCUACCUGUCUUCAACAAGACUAAAUCUGGAGAAAACAGCUCACGCAUCCAGCGCCAGAACCAGCUCAUUCUUGGUGUGAUGGGUGUGGAUGUGUCUCUGGACGAUAUUAAAAGACUGACGCCGCACUUUACGAUUGGCCCGAAUGGAUAUUAUUUUGCGAUUGAUCCCAACGGCUAUGUGCUGCUCCAUCCGAACCUCCAGCCUAAGAAUGCCAAAUUUCAGGAGCCUGUCACUCUGGACUUCCUGGAUGCUGAGCUAGAAAAUGAUAUUAAAGUUGAUAUAAGAACAAUGAUGAUUGACAGGGUACCUGGUGAGCGGAAGAUUGAAACACUGGUCAAGUCUCAGGAUGAGAGAUACAUUGAUCGAGGAGUGAGGACUUACACAUGGGUACCAGUCAAUGGUACAGACUACAGUUUGGCCUUGGUUUUGCCCGAGUACAACAUGCACUACAUCCAAGCAAAGCUAGGGGACAUAAAGCAAGCCAUGUCCUCAGAUACCAUGCAAAUGGAGAAUUUUGACGAUUAUGGCUACACCUUUAUAGCACCCAGGGAAUAUUGCCAGGACCUGAAACUCUCCACCAACAACACUCAGUUCCUCAUGGAUGUCAACGAGUACAUCGGCAGUAGAACUCCCAGUGACCCACUGUGUAAUGUGACACUGCUCAACAGGCUCUUACUGGAUGCUAAUCUUACAGCUGAACUGGUCAAUCUCUGGAAAAAGCAGAGUGUAGAAGGUGUGUUAGCCAGGUUUGUGGCUACAGAUGGGGGCAUCACACGGGUUUACCCUAAAAGUGCUGGAGAGGAGUGGACUGAGGAUGCACUCACCUUUGAGUCCAGUUUCUACAAGAGGAGUUUAGACAAUAACAUAUACAUCUUCACUGCCCCUUAUGUCAACAAAAGCAGGGAGUCCAGUUAUGAGUCUGGUAUUCUGGUCAGUAAAGCUGUGGAACUGGACUUCAAUGGAAACAAACUCAAACCAGCUGUGGUGGGAGUCAAACUCAAUGUAUCUGCCUGGAUGAACAGCUUCAUGAACGCCACCAUAAAGAUGAAUUGUAAGGAUGAGAUCUGUGGCUGCCUCAGGAAUGAUAAGCAAGUGGACUGUGCGAUACUAGAUGAUGGAGGCUUCCUGCUCAUGUCAAAUCAAGAUGAAUACAUCACACAGAUAGGUCAGUUCUUUGGCGAAGUGGACCCCAUUCUCAUGGCUAGUCUGUUGAAUAAAUCACUCUACUCGUUUAAUAAAACCUACGAUUAUCAGUCAGUGUGUGACCCAGAGAAAGAGCCAAAGGCUGCCGCUGGGCCACGAUCUGCCUAUGUGCCUACCAUGGCGGAUAUGUUAAGUCUGGGCUGGUGGGCCUCCACUGCUGCAUGGUCAAUGCUUCAGCAUUUCCUUGUCAGUCUCACAUUCCCAAGUUUUCUACACGCAGAGGAGGACAACUCAGAUGCCUACUCAAAGGAGAGCUGUAUAACAGAGCAGACUCAAUAUUUCUUUGCAAAUGAUGAUAGGUCUUUCUCCAGUACGGUAGACUGUGGAAACUGUUCCAGAAUGUACAGAGCAGAGAAGCUGCCCAGCACUAACCUGGUGUUUCUGAUUACUGAUGCCAAGAGCACCUGUCUCACCUGUGACACCAAUCCAGUGAGACAGGCCGAGCAGCCUUCCACUGGUCCGGAUCCCUGUAUACUGGCCCAGAAGCCCCGCUACAGAAAAGGCCCAAGCGUCUGCUUUGAUCGGAACAUUACAGAAGAUGCAUCUGAUUGUGGCAGUGGUUCUAGUCUGGUUCCCUCUCUCUGGCCAGUGCUAACUCUUCAACUGCUGCUCUUCUGGCUGCUCACUGGAACUGGCUGCUGCUCCUGACAAGCACCCAGCUACUGACUGCCCACCACUUAAUCACGAACUGAUCAUCACACAAUUAACUAGCGCAUACACGUUUCACUUCCUAACCACCAUUCACUGGCCAACCAGAAUUACAACCAACAACCACAUCUCACGGAAAUCUCUCCUGACUCAGUCUUGGUCAUGUUUGGGAAUACAUUCCUGAUAAAAUCACAGACCCUACACACAUUCUUACACACUCUGUGCACACAUUUCUGACCAGUACACAGUGUCCAUGCCAGGUUUCCUGGACAAAAAGAUAAAAGACUUUUAUUUUCAAAGAGCUACAUUUCACUUAUCUUUUCAGUUUCCUUCUGGAGCUAAUGAGGAAGCAACGCUGGGACUCUCUUGCUUUAAGAGGGAAAGAUGCUCCCAGCAAAUGUAGCAGUCUUUUUUUUCUUUCACUUUUUUUUGAUGGGGUAUCUUUCUUUUCGCCUGCUAUUGCUGCACUUAUUUGAGGCUUGAAGAAGGUUGGAUCAUUUAAACGAAUGCUGACCUGAGCACAUAAAUAUGAUUUAAGAAUUGUGAAGUGCCAUGUCAUGUGUCUAGGGUUGUUUUAUGUCAUUCAGUCUCACAUCAGAAAGACUGGUUGCAAUGAGGUGAAGUAAUUAUUUGAAUGCCAUUCAAAGAACCAUUAGAAAAGGGUUUAUUAUGGAAGACGUCAAUGAUCUCUCCCCAGGCCAUAACUCGAAUACUGUAUUUUACAUUUGGCCCGCUGACCAUUCUGUUUUUUUAUUAUCUGUCAUACAGAUACUUGAUCUACUAGAAUUUCAUCCAGUAUGAGUUCAGUGCCAUGAUGUCUCAUGGAUGUCCAUCACUGUGUCGCAUUGAAACGGUUUAUUUAUGUUAGACAUAGCCCAUGCCAAAUUAUGAAUGUUCUGGAUUCAUUACUACUACCCAUAAGAGACACUUUUUUUCCUGAAAGAAAGAUCACUGAAGAAACCUCCAGGCAUGUAUUUGUUUUCUUAUCGCUCCCUGGCCUUACUUAAAUAUUACCCAAGAAAACAGCUACCAUUAAUUUCACUUCUUACUUAAAAGAAACCUUAAUGAUUGACUGUUUGAAGUGCUGCCAAUCCUGACUAGAGGAAAUAAGACUGCCAGCAUCAGCAUACAUCGAGUCACUAUAACCUUUCCUAUUGUGUCCACAAACAUAAGCACAUGACUAUAGUGAGAUCCUCUAAUGGCUGUUUUUAGCUCGUUUAUUUGAAUCCAGACACGUUUGUUGAGGCUGUGGUGAAGCUGUGGUUUUGUCACACUAAUCAAAUUAAACAAUGCUGAGUGUUUCAGGUGAAAAGUUCAUGUGUCAGCUCGGUUGCCAAAUAUGCAUGAAAUACAGCAUAUUGGACCAUAUUUUUUGUCACUCUGUAGCCAAGUGGAAGCAGACGGGAGGCAGUUUUCCAGAAGCAGACUCAUUUUCCUAAGCAUCUCCUGUAUUCUGUAGCGUUAUUUACAUAUGCAGUCAUUUUUUUAAUAUCUGUAAGAUCCGUAGGUCUGUAUUUGUUACCUCGGACCUCAAGCAGAUCGGCAUUGAAGUGCAUCAAAUAAAGAUGGUGAGAUGUGUCCUAACUCUAUGUAUAUAGGCUAAUCUUAUUGAAGUGUAUAUGGGAAAUGCGUAUGUUUGCAUUGUUUUCCUGUGUGCAGUGAAAAGAAAAAAAAAAAAUCCAAGGACCAAAUCACAGUCAGAUAUAUUAAAGGUCCCAUGGCAUCGUUUUUUUCAUUAAUUGUGCGGUGGUCUCUAGUAUGAAUGAAUGCCCUGUGAGCUGGUUUUGGUGAAAAAAAUGCUGUGGUUCUCCUGUUUCAGGCUGUUCUAGUUUGCUGGAGGAGUGGGUGGCGGGGGAGCGACAGGAUUUCAGCUCUUAUCAUUAAUAUUCAUGACAUGUAAAGGUGUUACCUCUGAUUGGCUAACAGCACUGUGACGCUACCUCCAGUGGGUCAGAACAAGCGGAUGUGGGUGUCUUACUAUGGCGAGAGAGAAGGAACAAACCGCGAAGGGAAAAAUACCGCGCGCUGACGUCAUUAAGGUGCGACGCGAGGAAAUAAAAAUAAAUUCAACAAAUGUUUGGGUUUUUACUAAACAAACAAAUAAAAUGAAAGAGUGACUUAAAAAAAAGAAUGUGGGUGUCUUUGUAAAAACUGUUUUGAUUGGCUAUUAUAACAGAGCAUGCUGCAUGCUUUUUGGUUUUGUAGCGCAGAGUACCUGGCUAACUGCAGGAAGCGGUUAGCUGCACAGCUAAUGUAGCCAUUGCUAGGCUAACGCACCUAUUUUAAAACACGGCAAAACGACUUAACAGUUAUACACUUACUUGUUCAGUAUUUGUUGCUGAUGCGGCAGGGAUGCUUGGUACGGACCCAGGCUUCAGUGACAGUUGAUGUGCAAAACCUGCCCUGUACUGUCCCAAGUUGUGGAAACAUUCCUCAGGAAAAUGCUUCCGACAAACAUACACCGUCUUAGGUAGACUCGACGGCGUAUUAUUGAAGUAAAUAAAAUUAAGCCACUGCGUCUUCAGGGGCUCUCCCGUCGGCAGUAAAAACAGACUCCUUUCUGUGUUGUCACAUCCAUGUACAGCAACUUCCAUGUUUGGUGGCAACUUUUGAGCUGGGCGGGCAAUCCAUACAGUGGGUGGGAAUCCAGAGGGGGGGGGCGUGGGGAUCAUCUCCCUUGCUGACGUAGUAAAGGGAAGAGCCUAUCAACACGCCAUUUUGACGCGCCAUUCUCAAAUGUUGACAAAGGGUGGGCAUAGUUUGGUUUACACAUUAUGAAAUUUCUAGCCACUGGGGUGACUUAAGAAGGUCAGAGGAACUCAUUUUAACGUUAAAAAACCUCAGAAAGUGAAAAUUUCAUGCCAUGGGACCUUUAAUAAAAAGUGCAGGGAAAAACAAACAAACAAAAAAACCCUGCAUUGCAAAUUGCACAUAAGUAUUCAUAGUACACUGAUGAGGAAGCAUAUUAUAAAGAUUGAAAUUGGCUGUUAAAGGUUUUAAAUGUUUCUGGUUGUUUUAUUCGGAGAUUCUGCAUCUAUAUUUUACUGUAUGUUACGAAAGUGUAGAUUUACUUUAUGCAAAAUAGCUCAUUCAGCAUAUUUCAAGAUACCUAAUUUUCAGUAAUAGACUUCCACUUUUCAGAAGAGGACAUGAUAAAUAAAUGAAAGUUUGGACAUGUUGUCUCUGUUCCAGAGUACACCCACAUCUCUCCCGACCAAAGCGGUACUGUGUAAGACUGCAAACUUGCAUGUAUCAUUAAAUAGGCUUUACAGAAGCAUCCAAGCCUCCUUAUGUAAAGUGGGGGCAGUUGGUGUCUAAUGUGUGUACGUGGGCACGUGUGUGCGAAUGCUGCUCUCAGCUGCUGUGUUGUCCUGUUGGGCUGCUGUGUGUCCGUGCUCAUGAACCUACCGCUGGUGCUGAUGCUCGAUGUGCCAGGAGAAGAUACUGCUUUCUUUCUAGAGUGUUUAUCGAAGUUGCUCUUGUUUGCUGAUGGGAGGUGCGGCCUGUGCAUUUGUAGCCCCGCCUCUUUUCAGGUUGUGCUCUAAAAUCCUUCUCUUUUUGUGGAGCCUGAAAACAUUUUUUUGUAUACAUUUGUACCAUGUUAUUAAAGAUGACCAAUGAGGGGAAAAAAUGUUUGUAUUGAAUUCAAACGUGUUAAUUCUUGUGCAAAUAUAUUCACAAUAAAAAAUUAUUGUUAUUAAA